CCGUUACCGAGAAAUGUGAAGCUAUCAUGGAGCUGACGUGCAUCUGACAAUUGCCUGUCCCUGAUGUCCACGAGGAGGAGGGGUCCGCGUGAGGCCUGGAGAUCAACCGCCCAAGCUCACAAUGAUUGGUCGUUCGGGUAGCGUCAUGCUUGGGCUGAGAGUGUAACGCCAAACAGAGGGGUAACCUGAGUCCCCCGUCCGGCAGGACGAUGGAAGGGACCUUCAGCCCUAGGCAAUGUGCUAGGUAGGCACUGAUGUUUGCCUGUGUGCGUGAAAACUUCACUUUUCCAUCUGACAACAAUUCCGUGAAAGAAGCUCUUCUGGAUAGAGUUGCUUUGCUUCACCGUGGUGAAUAUCACGACCGGGUCUUGGCGCUGACACUCAUCGAGCUCAACAGCCCUUCACAAUGGACCCCCUAUCAGCCUUUGAACUCGCCCAAGUAGUCCUGGACAACACCGUCCGGCUCUUCAAAUUCGUUUCGGCCCUCGUCGAAUACCCCGAAGAGUGCGAGAAAUACCGAUUGCAGCUCAUCAUCGAAUAUAAUCGAGUUCUCGCCUGGGCCAAAGCCGCCGGACUCAUUGAAAUCACUCCCAGCUCUUCACUAGCCUCCACCUUGGGGACCAAUGCCACCGAGCUGAUCACCAUUCUGGCUCGGAUCCAGUGGCUUUUAGCCGAGUUUAGGGAUUUGAACGCCAGGUAUGGAAAUGAGCUUGUUCCAUCCGAUAUCUCUCCUGCAAAAGAUAAAGAGAAGGAGAAAGAUGGUAAAGAGAGUAAGGACGUCAAGGGCUCCGGUAAGGACGUCAAAGGCAACAGUACGGACAGCAGAGGUAAAGAUCCCAAAGCUGUCGGUGGGGCCUCCUCGUCCAAAGAAAAAUCAACCUCUUCAGAGCCAAAGCCAGCAACAGACGAAGCCCUCCUCUCCCAAAUCUCCUCUCUGGCCUUAUCCUACGACCAAUCCCAGAAGGAGCAGAAACUCAAGGUCGAAAAGGAAAAGGAGGCCGAACACCGACGCGGAACCAACCACAUCCGCCGCUUCUUUCGCACAUCCAAGGAUGUAGUUACCCACCCCUCGCGCGUGCGGUGGGUCAUGGUCGACAAGGAAGCCUUUGAGGCUUUGCUCUUGGACUUGCACUCUUUGACGGAGAGGCUGGACGAGCUGAUGCGGGGGUAUCAGCAGUCCAAGAUGGACGACAUCAUUGGCAAGACUUACCGAGAGAUGAUCCUGGCGAGAGACGGGAUUGGGGAAUUGAAGGAUAUGGUGGAUGUGCUGGGAAAGAUGGUGGAAGGGAUGGAGGUGGCGGCUGAUGGAGAAGGAGGGAGAGAAGGGAGGAAGAAGAAGAUGGUGAAUGAUGUGCAGGAUUUGAUCAGGCUGAAGAAGAUGGCGAGAGUAUCGGAGGAGUUGCUUUCCAGGCUUCAUCAAGGACAAGAUCCGACGGCGGCGUCGAGACUCGAGGCGAGCGAUACCAAGAUCACUAUUGCCCAGUUUGGCGACCCACGCAAGGGCCAGAAAGAUUUUCUGGAGGUCUUUAUUAUAUGCGAUGGCGAUCGAGAUUCCGACGGAGAAUUGCACUUUGGUAACCUCGCUCGUGUUAAACGACCACAGGGUUACCUAACCGUGAGAGAAGGCAUGGCUGAAGUCCCGGUCUGGAUUGAGUGGAAGCCCAUGGGGGACUACGCAGAAGGCUCGAUCGAAGAGAAAGCGGCCGAUCUGCGCACGCUGACCCUCGCGGAGAUGCUGCAUCUUCCCAAGCCCGAUUCCCUUCACGUCCCAAAAUGUAUCGGCUACUUGGAUGCGCGGGAUGCAUGCGGAGCGGACAUGUAUGGUUUCAUCUUCAAGGCGGAGAAGGAAAGACUCUUUUGGGGUCAUAGAAUUGUCUCCCUCUACGAUUUGUUGGGCACAGAGAUGGAGAUGUUCAAGCCGAGUCUGUCGCAACGGUUUGACUUGGCCUUGAAGCUUUGCACCACCGUCCUGAACCUGCACACUGUCAACUGGCUGCACAAGGGUAUCUUUAGUGGCAACGUCCUCUUCUACUUUGACUGCGAUAACGGGCCUGAAAUGAAGCAGGCUUAUGAUCCCGAGAAACCUUACCUCUGUGGGUUUGGGUAUUCCCGACCCGAGAAGAGCAAGACUACCGCACGCAGUCUCAACAUGGCGUGGGAUCUCUACCGCUGGCCGGCCAUCCAGCGCGAGCAUCCGACCGAUCACAAUUCUCGCAAGACGUAUGAUUUGUACAGUCUUGGGCUGGUGUUGCUUGAGAUUGGGCACUGGAAGCCGCUUGAUGAGAUUCUGUGCCUAAAGGAGUCGGAACCUUCCCCUUCGUUUGAUCAAACGGUAACGGUGAUGCCUUUGUUUGUUCAAACGGUGGUGCCUGAGAGGAAGCCGCCGUCGGUAAGCCUUUCUGACUCCAAGAAGGCAAGGGACUGGCUGCUUGGUACGCUGGGUGAUGCCCCCUUCAUUAAGGCCAAGAAAGUCAACCCCCUGGGGGAGCUUCGGAACCUCAUGGGAGAUAAGUAUACCAGGGCCGUGGAAAGGUGUCUGUGGGCUCACGGCGAGAAGGGAUUCGGAGUGGAGGACCUUCCGGAUCAAUCGACGGAUUCGGGGGUUGGGAUCCGAUUGCAGGAGGCGUUUACCAAGUAUGUGAUUGAGGAGCUUCAGGGCGUGAAUGUUUGAUGAUGAAUAUGUCCCAAGGUAGAAGAGUUCAUGAUGUUACGAUCCACUGUUGAUGAUGAUGGUGUUGGUUUUGGACAAAUGGAUGAAAGAAAAUGUUCAAGUUGAAGAUGAUGCCCUCAAAUGCCAAGAUUACAGAACCCCAAUGAGCACUG